AUGUCCAACAGCAGCUCCAUCAGGCACUUCCUCCUGUUGGCAUUGGCAGACACGCGGCAGCUGAAGCUCCUCCACUUCUGCCUCUUGCUGGGCAUCUCCCUGGCUGCCCUCCUGGGCAAUGGCCUCAUCAUCAGCGCCGUAGCCUGCGGCCACCACCUGCACACACCCAUGUUCUUCUUCCUGCUCAACCUGGCCCUCAGCGACCUUGGCUCCAUCUGCACCACUGUCCCCAAAGCCAUGCACAAUUCCCUCUGGGACACCAGGAUCAUCUCCUACAAAGAAUGUGCUGCACAGGUCUUUUUUUUUGUUUUUUAUGCUACGGCAGAUUUUUCCCUCCUGACCAUCAUGUGCUACGACCGCUACGUGUCCAUCUGCAAGCCCCUGCACUAUGGGACCCUCCUGGGCAGCAGAGCUUGUGCCCACAUGGCAGCAGCUGCCUGGGCCAGUGCCUUUCUCAAUGCUCUGCUGCUCACAGCCAAUACAUUUUCCCUGCCCCUGUGCCAUGGAAAUGCCCUGGGCCAGUUUUUCUGUGAGGUGCCUCAGAUCCUCAAAAUCUCCUGCUCUGAAUCCUACCUCAGGGGACUUGGUCUUCUUGUAGUUACUGGUAGUUUAUCAUUGUGUUGUUUUGUGUUCAUUGUUUUCUCCUAUGUGCAGAUCUUCAGGGCUGUGCUGAGGAUCCCCUCUGAGCAUGGACGGCACAAAGCCUUUUUCACCUGCCUCCCUCACCUGGCUGUGGUCUCUCUGUUCCUCAGCACUGCCAUGUUUGCUUACCUGAAGCCCCCCUCCAUGUCCUUCCAAUCUCUGGAUCUAGCCCUGUCAGUUCUGUACGCAGUGGUGCCCCCAGCCCUGAAUCCUCUCAUCUACAGCCUUAGGAACCAGGAGCUCAAGGCUGCAGUGUGGACACUGAUGACUGGA